UCAACAAUAAUCUUCUAACGAGUUCCUUACACCAUAAAGUUUUCCUCCAUAUCAGCCUCACGUUUUGUUCCUUGUGAUACAAGGUGUGCAGAUGUAUGUUAGAAUUAUACCGCCGCCCAAGACUAGAGCAAUCAUAGCCAAAGUCGUCCAUAUGUUUGAGCUCGAAGUGACGCGGGUUGGCACCAGCUUUUUUAUUGUGGGCAAUUCUGCAACUUCUUCGGUUGUCAAACCCCAUCUUCUGGUCUUAGCGAUCAGGGAUCUCAAGCGUCGCGACGCCUUCUCGCAGGACUUCUUCGAUGUCCGCUUGGAUAAGCCGUCUAAACAAUUCUCGAAGUGUCCCAUAAUACCGCGACGUGUCUCAUUCUUGAGUCAAUUCAAGCUUAGCAACAAGUUCCAAUCAUCGACCGAAAUUGUCGAGAAGGGCCAGAAUCAAGUAAUGGACGCGUAAAUCGACGUGCGAGUCCUAUCGUUUUCGUCCAAUGCUAUAUCAUAAUUUUGCGCCAUUUUCAAAUAUAUCAAGGAAAAUAUAUUAUAUCUGAAAUUUAAACAGUCUUCUUAAUUUAUGCUGUACCUCACUUUGAAGAAGAAUCCAUUUCGUCCGAUAAAUUAUCAUUGUAGAGACUGGUGAUGCGAUCUUUGUUUCGACAGAUUUUAUUGAUCAUUAUGAGAAUUCUUGUGUUGUCGUUUUUGGCAUAAUUAUUCUAAUAAUGCCAUUAUCUUUGGUACAUUCAUCAUUGUUAAACAAAAGCGUUAGUUUUAUAGAAUGUUGAAAUAUCACUCUUAUACACUUUCGCGCUUAGCAAUUUGCGUAACUUCAUUUUCUAGCAUUUUUAAUACUUAUUCUUUAUGAGGAGCAAUGUGGUCCAAACGA